UUCCUUAGCGAAUAGAAGAGCGAUCUCUCGGUGGUUAACGGGUUCGUUGCAUUCUGCGAGAAAUCUCCGCAUGGUGUUUUUUGCUCCGUUUACUGGAGCGAUCUGUUGCUCAAUCUGCGACUGUAUUCAGCUCUGCAUCUAGCGAUGGAUGCAUGCGAUAAAGAGAAGGUUGAUGGCGUUAUGGACAGCUCGGAGGAACAUGACGAGACUGGGGAAUGGGAUUCUUCAUCUGAUAAAGAGAGUGUCGCUUCAUGUGAGGACUCUGCAGUAGAGGAUAUGUCCCUCGAUUCUCUAGAAACCGUUCUGGAAGAGUUUUCAGAUUAUGAUCCCACUAAUGAUGUCUCUGAUGAUGACUGGUAUCCAGAGGUCACUCCACGAAAGAAGAAGAGAUCUGGUCUGUCUUCUGUUUCACCAUCUCCAGCAAAGUCUUGCAGAUCUGCUUCACCUGCUUCUGCACAAAGUAGUAAAGGGAAAGGUAGGAAAAGCAGUGUGAGUAGAUCCCUGCCUUUUUCCAUCUUAGAAAACAAGUGGAAAAGUGCAGAUGAGCCUGAUAUUGAGCCGGCUCAGCCAAUCUUCAGACCUAGACAAACGCCCGGUCCACAGUUGGUCUCCAAUGCUUCAUGCAGUCCUCUACAGUAUUUUGAGUUGUUCUUUUCAAAAUCAGUGAUAAAGACAAUUUUAUCACACACAAAUACAUAUGGGGCCAUGCGUUUUGAAGGGAAGAAUAAACCAUGGGAGGACAUUUCUGUGAAAGACUUCAAGAAAUAUAUAGCGCUGGUGAUUUACAUGGGUUUGCUGAAAUGCUUCAAGCUGUCAGACUACUGGAGGAAGUCAUAUAUCUACAGUCUGCCAUUUCCUGCACAAAUCAUGUCUAGUAGAAAAUUUUUUCGCAUAUGUGCAGCUCUCCAUCUUAGUGAUCCCAAAGUGGAUGCAGAGAAUGACAAGAAGAAGGGAACGCCUGAAUAUGACCGCCUGUGCAGGAUCAAACCGCUGUACCAGGACAUUAGGGAUGCCUGCAGAGCCACUUUCCACCCCUUUCAGAACAUCUCCAUUGAUGAAAGAAUGGUGGCAUCAAAGGCUAGACAUGGACUCAAACAGUACAUGAAAAACAAACCUACAAAAUGGGGGUACAAACUCUUUGUACUGGCAGAUUCCCUCUGUGGAUACACGUGGGACUUCUUCAUUUAUGAGGGAAAGGUGAAUUCAGAAGAGAGUAAAGGCAUUAGCUAUGAUUCUGUCAUGAUUCUGACAGAUGAAAGGUUGUUGGGUACUGGCUACAAGCUGUUUGUUGACAACUUUUACACCAGUCCCAAGCUUUUCAGAGACUUGCUCGCUAAAAAGAUCUUUGCUUGUGGUACUGUUCGGGCAAACCGCAUCGGCCACUCAAAGAAACAUGCUCCUCGUGGCAAUAUUCGCUGGUUUAGGGAAGAUGACCUGCUGUUUGUGGAGUGGAAGGACAAGAGGGACGUGCUGAUGUGCUCCACCUUUCAUAAAGCCUUUAAUGGUGAAACCAUAAAGAGGAACGUGAAAGGAGCCGAUGGAGUUUGGGCCAUUCAGGAUUUCCCAGUUCCAGCUGCAGUGUUGGACUACAACAAGCACAUGGGAGGAGUGGAUCUGUCUGAUGCGCUUAUUGGAUAUUACACAGUUCUACAUAAAACGAGAAAGUGGUAUCGGUCCUUUUUUUACCACUUUGUGGACAUCGCUGUAGUAAAUUCCUUCAUUUUGCACCAGCAGAUGGCCAGGAUGAAGAACCAGAAGCCUCUGACGCAGAAGGCCUUCCGGGAGGCUCUUGUUAGAGAGCUUGCAGGAACAGGCCCUGAAAAUGGCCCUGAACGAGCAAAACCGACUCCUCCUACGAACUCCCACCUGCCAAAGUACAUCAGAGGAGACAGCACACUUGGAAGGCGGACCUGCAGAGUUUGUCAUCGUAAAACUCCACUAGUUUGUGUAGCUUGUGAUGUGCCUUUGUGCCUGGUUCCAAACCGUAACUGUUUCAUUACUUGGCAUGAACCAGGUAGCUCUAGCGAAAAUGAUGAAGAGUAAAGCUCUGAGUGCAGAGAUUUUGUGCAGAAAGGCUGCAAAUGUUAAGGUGGCCCAAGGCCAGUAUUAGUGGUUAAGCCAGGUAAGUGUUAUUAGGGAUUACAAAAAGUCAUUUUGGAUAAAAGUGUCUGCCAAAUGUGAAUUAGCAUUUUCUAGUAGUAGGUAUAUGAGUACUAACACUGUAAGCAGUUGCAAGAACAGGACCUUUAAAGGGUUAGUUUGCCCAAAAAAUAAAUAUUCUAUCAUUAAUUAAUUACUCACCCUCAUGUCGUUCCACAUCUGUACGGCCUUCGUUCAUCUUCAAAACAUAAAUUGAGAUAUUUUUGAUGAAAUCCAACAGUUUUUUUAUUCCCAUAGACAUCAAUGUAACCACCACUUUCAAGGUCUAGAAAGGUAUUAAAGAUAUCGUUAAAAUAGUCAGUGUAACUGCAGUGGUUCAGCCGCUUGUUUUGUUUUUGCACGCAAAAAAGUAUUGGCCCUUUAUAAAAUUAAGGUUUAACCACUGCAUCCACAUGGACUAUUUUAACAAUGUCCUUAGUACCUUUCUGGACCUUUUUGAUUUCAUCAAAAAUAUCUUAAA